AUGCGCAUGAUCUUAUCCUUCAUUUCUGCACUAGUGGCUUUGGCUGCUGCCGACAGCACGACUGUCAUUUCUUACUUGGCUCCGGCUAACACAGCCAAUGUUAACCUAGGCGCAUACACCAGCACUGCGGCCCGUGUCAUCGGUAUUGACAAGUAUGCCACCACCUAUGAGCUUGGCUGUGCAAAGGGUGCCAAAAAGUGCGCACUCCCGCACCCUCUCACCAUGGUCCAGGGCCCUAACACCUUCGCCCACUGGGGUACGAUAUCAAUUACCACCGAGGGCGCUACUGGUAUUGAGACCUACACCGAGACAUGCACUCUCACUCACAGCACUGAGUCUAUCGUUUGCUCCCUGAGUAUCGACCUCACAGUAUCUGAUAAAAAAUACACCAUCUCGACCUCUGCCAGCGAGUCAGAUCUUACUCUUUCAGCUGACGAGAUCACUUAUAGAACCGUCACUGUCACCGAUGGUCUCUACGCUUACACUGCUGCUGCAACUGCUUCGGCCUCUGCUGUAAAAAUUACUGCUACUGCUACUGGUGGGGCUGUCACUAGGCCAAUGGCCACUGCUGCCCCGCUAGGUGCUGCUGCUGCCGUUGCCAUUGUGGCCAUGCUCUAG